UUGCAGGAGCAUCUGGAAACAAUCAAACGUUUCAACGAAGUGAUCGUUGAAAAUUCCGGUGAAUCGCAGCUCGUUCUCCUUUCGCUUCCACGGCCUCCGAAACGCAAGGAGAAAGUUCUUUCUCACUAUAUGCUUUAUGUAGAUGCACUGACCGAAAGUCUUCAGCGAAUUUUGUUCAUUAGUGGAAGUGGCAAAGAAGUGAUUACAAUCGACUCUUAA